AUGGCAUUCGUUUGGCUUGUGAUAUUGUUAAUGCAAGGUUUUGUCGCACUUGUGAGCGCCAAAUGGGUACGUGAUGUGGACUCAAAGAUUGUCGAUGAAAUCAACCAAAAUCCGUCCGUCGCUUAUCUUAUCAAAUUUCAUGCGCCAUGGUGCGGUCAUUGUCGAAAAUUUGAACCAAUCUACGAAGAAAUUGCUAAGGAAAUCUAUGAUUUAUCGUCAACCACCGAUGAAUUCAAAAACAUUCGUGUCGUUCGCAUCGACGCAACUGUUUAUACGGAUGUUGCCAGUCGCUAUGAUGUUCGCGGUUAUCCAACAAUUAAGUUUAUUCGUGGCGCACAAAUAUUCGCAUACGAAAACGAACGAUCGAAAGCAGCUGUUCUAGAAUUUCUACGGCGUGUUAACGGUCCCGCCUUACGUUGGAUUCCAUCCAUUGGUAAAUUCAAUGAAAUACGCCGUGAACAUGAAGUGUUCUUUCUAUUUGUAACAACGAAUCAUGAUGAAAAUGAUGUUCUAUUCAAACAAUAUAAAGACAUUGUCAAUCGAUAUCUUAGUCAAACUUACUUCUACGCAACGAACGUUUCAAUUAUUCAACAAACGUAUUUUGCUAAAUAUAAAACCGAUGAAACAUCUCAUAUCUUUGCAAUAAAAAAUGAAGGCUUCUAUUUAUAUAAACCCGAAGAUUAUAACAAUAGUAUAGACGAAUUUAUCAUCAAAGAAAAAGUUGCGACUUUUCCACAAGUAUCAUCAGGAAAUAUCCAUGAUCUGAUAGUCACAAAAAGACUUGUGAUCAUAUAUGCAUUCAAAGAUCAACAUGAAGUUGCUGCACAAAGACAGAAAAGAAAUGAAUUGAAAGGUCAAAUGCGUAGUUAUGUGAUGAAACAUCUCUCCACACUUCGCGAAACAUUCCAGUUUUCCUGGUCGAACGAUCUCGAUCUACUCAGCAAUAUCGCGGUGUGGACACUUGACGAACCAUUAAUUUUCCUCUACGAUAGUAGUGUACAUAAAUAUGGUAUCUAUCCUUUAUCGUCGAUGAUGGAUAGCAAUAUACAACUAGAACCCAUUCUUGAUUAUCUUAUUAAAAAUCAUUCUGAAAUUGUGCAAUAUUCAGGUGAUACAUGGUCAAAACGUUUGUUUCGACCAUUUUGGGAAAUCUAUCGAACAGUUAUAUCCAUGUUUAUCGAAGCACCAUUCAUAUCCUUACUGAUUAUUGGUAUACCGACAGCUGUCAUAUCGUUGAUAUGUUAUUGUUUGUGUUGCUCAUCGAGUAAUGAUAACUCAACGAAUAAAUCGAAAAAUUCGAAGAAAAAACUUAAAGCUGACGGAAGUACUGAGCCAGAUGAAGAUGGACAAGCAAGUGCUGGCGAAGAGGAUGAUGAAGAAUAUGAAGAACGUAUUGUUCAGAUACAACCAAAAUUUAUCAAGAAGAUUCAUAAACCAGCUGACGCACGUGAUAUUCCCAUAUGGCCAGUUUUGCCAGAUGAAAGUCAAAAGCCGAUCCUGGAGAAAAAGCGAGAUUGA